AUGUUCUCAAAAUCUCUCGCAGCCGUGGCAUUACUCGCCACCAACGCAGCAGCCACCAUCUAUUAUGCCGGCGUUGCAGAAAGCAGUGGAGAGUUCGGUGUCUGGAGUCAGACCACAACGAUAGGUACCGGUUUGCCCGGCGUUUUUGGCAAAGACUACUCUUUCAUCAGCAAAGAAGCAAUUGAUACCUACGUCGACCAGAACAAGGUAGCAAACCUAUUCCGCGUAGCCUUCCUCCUCGAACGCAUGUGUCCGCUCUCCAGUGGCCUGGGAUCGAAGUUCGAUGAAGCCCAUUUCAACAAUUUCGCGGAUGCCAUCAACUAUAUAACCGUCACAAAAAAAGCAUACGCCAUCCUUGAUCCCCACAAUUACAUGCGGUAUAACGAUCCCUCACAGCAGCCAAUGACUGGGAGCGUGAUCGGUAACUCCAGUGAUUCGAAAGCUGCUACGACGGCGCAGUUUGGAGCCUUCUGGGGAGAGCUUGCUAGACGGUUUGUGGAUAACCCGAAGGUUAUCUUUGGCUUAAUGAAUGAACCUCAUGAUAUGCCAACUAGUCUUGUGCUUGCCAAUGACCAAGCGGCUAUUGAUGCAAUCCGCAAUGCCGGAGCCAAACAAUUGAUCAUCGCGCCAGGAAACAGCUGGACAGGUGGCCACUCCUGGAUGGAAGGCUCCGACUCUUCGGGAGCAACGAUGUGCAAGAUUAAGGACCCACUGAAUAACACCGCAUUCGACAUUCACGAGUACCUCGACACUGACUACUCCGGCAGCCACCAAGAAUGCGUGAACCUCGCCUCCACGAAACUCGCCCCGGUGACAGCAUGGCUCAAGAAAUACGGCUUCAAAGCCAUGAUUACCGAAUUCGGCGCCUCUCCUUUGGCAUCCUGCAACACUUAUGUGACGGAUAUACUGAAUUAUAUGGCGACGAAUGAUGUGUAUAUUGGGUGGACAGCAUGGGCUGCAGGCCCGAUGUGGGGAACGAGGAGCCCGUGCUGUAAUGGUAAUAAGGAUUUCGGGAGCUUGGAGCCGGGCAGUACGGCGAGUGAUGGGAGCCCCGGGCUGUAUACGACGCUUUGGGUUAAUCAGAUUCAGAAGUUGUUGCCGACGACGUUGGUUUGGAGUGGGAUGUCGAGUGUUACUGGUGGGAUGUAG